GGAAGGAGUCAGAAGGCUUGAGACAGGAUAGGUAGUGUGUGAAACCAGGAAGUAAGCUUACUGUAGUACAACACAGGAUUAUUUUUCUGCUGUACGUGGUGAUUUCCCGAAAGUGUUUCAGUCUGUGCUGGCAGUAGCAGGCUGCAGGAAAACAGAAACUCCAUCAGUUGCUUGUCUGGGAGCACUUUUAAAAUAUUUAUUUUUUAUUGUUUCAAUGUAUUUUAUGUAGCUUUGUGUGGGAAAGUACAGGGCUUUUGCUGAAGUAGGUUCCUCCUAUGGCACCUUUGUGCAGCAACCCAGGGGGAUCAUUACCCCCAACUGCAGUGGAUUUUCCUGUAAUGGACCAAAGUGAUUCUCUCCAAAGUAGCUGCUGUAAGUCUCCGACUGUAUCCUUGGAUCUUUUAAAUCUGGUCCUUUCCUACAGGCGUCUGGAGAUUUUCCUGGAGCCUAUCACUGACUGUGUAGAAGUCAUUCGCUACCUUAUCAGAUGGCAGUCCCCAAAGUUCUCAGUGGCAUUUUACCUCGUUCUGAACUUUCUUUUUCUUACUUUGAGUGAAGCUGCCUGGUUUACAUUAUGUACAGUGUUCGUCUCACUGCCAGCAUUACUGGGUUGCCUACAGAGCCGGUCUCAGAAACCGAUCUCAGAAGAAGACAUGAUGAAACGCAAGUACCAUUCUGUCCGGCGUGAAGACCUUAAAAAAGUCAAACUGAGCAGACAUGAGGCAUUGGUUGAGGUAAAAACCUUCCUCAUUCAGAUGGAUGAUACGUUAACAAAGGCGUGUAAUACUUGUGAAAUGGUUUGCAAGGUUCUGUACUGGGAAGACCACUCUGUAUCAUGCCUAUUCUAUGGUGGUCUUCUUUGUUCCUUGAGUGUGUUGUAUUUGCUUCCAAUCUGCUGGACCUUUGCCCUUCUAAACAGCCUGCUCUUUUUGGGUAAUCGUGAUUUCUACCGAGUUCUGACAGAUUUUAGAAAUUCAGUACGUCACAGAUUCAGUGCAGAGCCUCCCAAAGUGGAACCAGACAAUACCGAUUCUGAAGGAGGAACCAUAUUGGAUAGGACUCCAACCCCAACUAGCUUACUAGAGGACCUGUCUCCAGGCAGUGUGGAGGAGACUGAGGAGAUGGAGGUGGAAGAUGAAUUCAAGGACGCAAUUGAGGAGCACCAGCUUCUGGUAACGGAGGAUGAUGAUGAAGGGCCACCAUGUGUCAUAGAGUAUGAUCCAACUCUCCAGGACAAUGGACUGUCCAGCAGAAACGAGAUGAUAAAGAGCAAAGUUUCCAGGCUGACCGAGAAACUGAGGAGGCGCUACCCAGCAAAUAACUAUGGGACCUGUACAAGUUGCAGUACAACUUUCUCAGUCCUAAAGAAACGGCGUAGUUGCAGUAACUGUGGGAACAUCUUCUGCUCAAGGUGCUGCUCUUAUAAGGUGCCCAAGUCAUACAUGGGAGCAACAGCACCAGAUGCCCAGAGGGAGACUGUGUUUGUUUGCUCACAGUGUUACUAUGUAUUGAGCAAAAAGGAAUAGCUUUUCUCUGCAGCUUGUGAGACGGUUUCAUCUCUAUCCCAUAUCCAUGCAGGGACAAGAAAAUUACAACAGAAACAUGGUGUUGACAGCAAGAUGAUAUGCCAGAUCAUUUUAUUUUUUUUUUAUUUAUUUUUAUACAGCGAGGUAUUUAAUUGUCAUCUGUUCUUUUAUAACGUGAUAUUAAAUUCACAUCCCUGUAUUAGAGACCGUCCCUACAACUAAAACACAUUUGAAAAUAAUGUUUAUAUUGUUACAUUUAUUCUGAGUUCAUUUUGGAGCAUUAACUCUUCAUUAAUUAAUUGUUCACUUUCUUAAAGUAGUUUCUUUUUAAGUUAUUAACAGGAAGUUUCUAGGACAUGUGUGUAUCAUUCACAGGUAAUGAUCAUUUCCGUUUUCUUUGGUCACAGAGAGGGCACGUAGUGCCCAACAAUUGUUUUUACAUCAGUUUUUAUAAACAGUUCUCUAACAUAAAUGACAGUAAGGCAGACAACUGUCACAUUAGAAAACAUAAAAAACAUGCUUGUACUUUUCGUUACAGAAGUAUUGUUUUUAACUUAUCGUAGAAGUAUUGUUUUUAAUUUUAUAUAUAUAUAUAUAUAUAUAUAUAUAUAUAUAUAUAUAUAUAUAUAUUGUUUUUUUUUGCAAUACAAGGGUUGUUUUAUAAUGCAUAUUCUUUAAUGAAUGAGCUUCAUGUUUUAAUCUUCAUUCAACCAGCCUCCAUCUGUCUACCUUGUAGCUCUGAGCAAGUCACUUAAAUAGCGAAUGCUUCCAGGUUGCCUUUAAAAAUAAGCUUUUGUGACUGGUGUGUUAACCUGGUUAACAAAUAGAUAAAAUAAAUAAACCUUAACUUGUUAUCUUA